ACUAUCAAACCCACUGAGAAAGAACCCCGAGCUGAGAAAUGCCAGAAACGCCCGCCGGCGAUUCGGUCGCCGAUAACAAAAGCGCCGCCGAUCGCCGACCUCCUCCGAAGCCCGCCAUCAUCGCCGAUCUCAACGUCGAUCCUCCUGAGAGCGACGGCGAAGAUUGUGCCCUACUCCCUCUUCGUGUGCCUGGCUCUUCUUCUGCAAGGAAUGGCAAUGAUGAAAGUAGUCUACCCAAAAAUACUAUUGCACCUAAAGAUUCUGACGCCAUUGAUGCUGACGAUCUUGAUCAGCAAUGUCAAGGAGUUUCCAUGUCCCGUGAGGAAAAAGUUAGCAAUCUGAAAGCUGGUUUGGUAAACAUUGCGCGAAAGAUGCCGAAGAAUGCCCAUGCACAUUUUAUACUUGGCUUAAUGUAUCAGAGAUUAGGUCAACCACAGAAGGCAGUCUUAGCAUUUGAAAAAUCAGCUGAGAUAUUGCAAAGGGACGAAGAAGAAAUUCGUAGACCAGAAUUGCUCUCUUUAGUUCUCAUACACCAUGCACAGUGUAUUCUUCAAAUAAAUACUGGGGAUACAUCUGAUAAAGAGCUUGAAACGUGUGAAUUAGAAGAAAUCCUUAAAAACCUGAAGGAUUCUGUGCAAUUAGAUGUCAAACAGGCAUCAGUUUGGAACACACUUGGUUUGGUACUUCUUAGGACUGGCCGUGUGCAGAGUGCAAUUUCAGUUUUAUCAUCUUUGUUGGAUAUUGUUCCCGGCUACCUGGACUCCCUUGCAAAUCUUGGCAUUGCACAUCUUCAGAGUGGCAAUCUUGAGCUUUCAGCUAAAUGUUUUCAAGAUCUGCUUCUGAAAGAUCAAAACCAUCCUGCUGCUCUGAUCAACUAUGCUGCUGUCAUCUUAUGCAAAUAUGGAUCUGUUGUUCCAGGUCCAGGAGCUAAUGCAGGAGAAGGGGCUUAUGUACAACAAGUUGAAGCUGGAACUGUUGCUAAAGAUUGCUUACUUGCAGCGCUGAGAGUUGAUCCUAAAGCUGGCCCAUUAUGGGUGAACCUUGCAAAUGCAUACCAAGUGGUCGGUGAUUAUAGGAAUGCAAAGAAGUGCUUAGAACAGGCAGCAAAGCUAGAGCCAAAUCAAAUGUCUGCUCGUUAUGCUGUUGCCACUCAUCGAAUAAAAGAUGCUGAAAGGUCUCAAGAUUGUACAGAACAAAUUUCCUGGGCCACAAAUGAAAUGAUGUCAAUUUUAAAGGAAGGCGAUCCUGCUGUAAUUGAUCUUCCUAUAGCAUGGGCGGGGCUAGCAAUGGCUCAAAGAGCUCAGCAUGAAAUUGCAGCAGCAUUUGAGACUGGAGAGAAAGAUUUGGAAGAGGCAGAAAACCGAGCUCUUUAUGCAUUAAAGCAGGCAAUUGAGGAAGAUCCAGAUGAUGCUGUGCAAUGGCAUCAACUUGGUCUACACAAUCUAUGUACUACACAGUUCAAGACAUCAGUGAAAUUCUUAAAAGCUGCAGUAGCUCGAUGCAGAGAAUGCAGUUAUGCAUGGUCGAAUCUCGGUAUUGCAUUGCAACUAUCCGUCGACCCAUCUUCAGCUGAGAAAGUAUACAAGCGUGCACUCUUUUUAGCAACAACUCAGCAGCUACAUGCUAUCCUUUCUAACCUUGGAAAUCUGUACCGUCAGGAGAAAAGAUUUGAACAUGCAAAGGAAAUAUUCCGAAAGUCUCUGGAAUUCUGCCCAGGAUAUGCACCAUCGCUCAACAACCUGGGUCUUGUGUUUGUGGCUGAAGGCCGAUGGGAGGAAGCCAGAAACUGUUUUAAGAAGGCUCUGCAAUCGGACCCUCUCCUUGAUGCUGCAAAAUCAAACUUGAUGAAAGCAAUGCCAAUGUGUAAGAUGCGUGGGGAAACAAUCUAAAGCUCCGGUCCCCAAAUCAUAGACAAAGGUUAACCUAGUCUUUUCCAGUCUGAGAUCAACAAUAAUACAUCACCUGCAGACUGCUUGGAAUUAGUUUAGCAUAUCGCUUUAGUAACUUCUUUUUUUUUGGUUUGGUGAAAGAACUUAUCCACAAUUCUUCGGACCACGGGUAUCAAACCCACGGGUGUAGCUAAGCCCUAGUGCAUUUUGGUUUAUACUACAACAGCCUGCUUCCCAAUGAUUUCAUAUCCUUUAAAAAUUCUGAUCGUUAAAACUUAGCAACGCUAUCCAGAGUACAGUUUCCUUAAAGGUCCAUAGAUGAGGAGAAGUUUGGUAACUAUUGCCAUGAACAAGGCUGUAUUGAUGCACAUUAAGAUUUAUUGGCUUUAGAUGUAAACUUCUUAGAGUUGGAAAUCUUGUAAACUGUCUGAAUUCAGGUUCUUGUAUAUUUGUAAAAUAGAAAUGAGACCACUCUGUUAUUAUAGCAUGUAUGUACAUGUAAAUCUGAGUUUCAACUCAUGAGCAUCCUUACGA